UGCUACCCUAACGGGCCUCUCCUUUCUUCCCGGCAGAUUUCACGUGCACGGAGCGUCACGGCGUUGAGUACCUCCUGACCCAGAUGAUGUCCCCCUCCACCCGGGCCCUCAUUGGUGGCGUCGAGCCGGGCCUGUGCAGAGUAGCCAACCAUCUCGCCAGGAAGUACGACAAGCUCUUCCUCUCCUGGUCCUGCCUCGAGACACCCUUUGCAAGAGAGGAAGACGUGAGCACAACCAGGAAGGAGGAAAACGAGGAAGUGGACGAUGAAACCAAAGUGGACGAAGACGAGAACGGCGAAAAAGAAGAGAAGAAGAAGAAGAAGAAGAAGAAGAAAGAAGAGCAAAUAAACGAACUAGAAGAAGAGCAAGAGGAAAAGGGACAAGAGAGUGAUAAAGAAGAGGAAACCAACAUAGAAGGCGGGAACAUCAGUGAAGGGGGAACAAAGGCGGAGGAAAGAGGGGAGGCAUCAGGUAGCCACGUCGCCCUAGUCACACCCACGAGCCUCCAGGUGGCGCGCGCGAUGCAGGCCACCUUGUCACACCUGGGCUGGCGGCAUGUGACCAUCGUGACGCUAGACUGGAGUUACUGGCGGCUCGUGGCUCACCAGGUGGACGUGCAGCUUCGGGCGUACCGUAACCUCGUGGCCGCCCUCGCCGUGUUGCCUCCCUCGCCCUCCAACGCCAACAUCACACACGUCUUCUCGCCCUCCGCCGCACGGUUUGUCAAGGCUUACAUCCUCGUUGUCCCCGCGUGGUCUGCCGUGGUUGGCCAUAUUCUGAGCGUCGCCGAGUCAAAAGGAAUCACUAGCCACGCCGCCUUCAUCGUCUGUGACCCGCUCUUCGCCCCUACACCGGCACCAGCCCCCGCGCCAACACAAACACCCACUCCAGAGAGGUACAGACCCCUUGCCCAACUAACAGGAGCGCCGAAGGAGGCUGCGAGGGCUGUCAUGAUACUUGCAGCCACUGGGGGAGGGCGUGCGGUGGUAGCUACGCGCCCCCAUGCCUCAGGGCCGCAAGAUGGGCAGCUCUUGGCCAUUGAAGGGAGUGGAAAAGAUGACAAGAGAAGGGAGAACAUGUCGCCUACCUCAUCUCCUACGCUUCCUCCUCAGCUGCCUUCAGAUGUCGCCACAAACUCGUCUAUGGAUUCUGAGCGGUCGGCGGUGGUGACGCGGCUCGUCUACGACAGCGUGAGUCUGUUGUCCCACCUGCUGCGUGCCAACGUGGGCGCCGUUCACCUGUGGCGGCAGCCCGGCGGCGGCGGCGGCGGCGGCGGGGACGGCAACACCAGCGCGGGGGAGGCGUGGCCGUGGGACAUGCGGGCCCAGCGGCGGCGGCGUGCAGGCGGCAGCAUGAGGGCGCCCCGCGCACGCCACCCCGGCUCACAGCGGGAGCGCGGCCUCUUCCUGACCUUCCCGAACAGGCGGAGCCGCAGCGCGCACGGCCGCAGCGGGAGGUCGAACGGGGAGCCGCGGGACCAGGAGGCGGAGCGGGAGCGGGAGCGGCUGUACUUCGAAAUGAAGACGCUCACCAAGGCGCGGGAAGGCGAGGAGUUCGAGCGGCGGCUGGAGAGCAUCAUCGGCUCGCGGCGCAUCGCGGCCCCGGCGAGCAGCGCCGCCUGGGGCCGGGAGGGCGGCCGUGGCAACAAGUCCCGCCCAGUGGAGAUGCGCAUCAUGCGGCCCACCACAUUCCCGGGCCUGCGAGGCCGCGGCGCCAUCAACCCAAGUGGCCAGCGGACCUUCGACUUCCUGCUGCUGGACUGGCGGCCGGCGACGGAACAGCUGGCGGUGGUGCUGGCGCUGACCGCGGCGCCGCCGGGGCUCGACAAGCAGGCGGGCGUGGACGAGGAGAUAUACGAGGUGGUGGGCGCAGCCGACAUCGACUGGGCGCACGACACACCCAUCCCGCGCGACCAGGAAUGCGGCGGCGGGGCCAUCUGCGGCUACAUGGUGGCGGGAGUGCGCCUGGCUCCCAUCUACGUGGUAAUCAUAGUUGCGUGCCUGCUGUUCCUGCUGGCCGCCUGCCUUGGCUGUGCGGCCGUCAUCAGGAAGCGUAUUCGACAGAAGGAGAUGAGUCGCGGUCCUUACAAGAUACUGUUGACCUCUUCUGACCUCACGCUCUCGUCCCGUCCCGAUUCUGGCCACAAGAAGGUGGGAGAUUAUGUCUGCAUUGCGGGAUGUGUACUGUCGGUGUUGCCUGGUUCAACGGGGCCCGGCGACAGACCCGAUCUCUUGAGGGGGUCGUUCAGCUCACCGCACCGCCCCUCACCUCACGACUCGCUCCUGUCCACCGCCUCCCACGUCAUAAACAAGGACGGGGAGGAAGCAAAGGCCAAGUAUAACGGCGACUUCGUACAUGUGAGGUACUUCCACGUCCACGCCGGGAACUUCGAGGUCAAGAACAGAACGAUGACGCUGCUUAAACAGAUGCGUGACCUUCGACAUGAGAACUUGAACGGCUUCCUGGGCAUGCUGUGUGACCCCGUGCGGCCCGGCUUGGUCAUGGAGUACUGUAGCAGGAAGUCUCUGGAGGAUAUCAUCAGGCAGGAGGAUAUCAAGCUUGACUGGUCCUUCAGGCUGUCCCUCCUCACCGAUCUUGUCAGGGGGAUGCGGUACUUGCACGGCUCCCUGCUGCGCCACCACGGCCGCCUCACCUCCCGCAACUGUGUGAUAGACGCGCGCUGGGUCCUCAAGGUGACCGACUAUGGCCUGCCCGGGAUCUAUGAGUACCAGAACCUCUCCCAGCCCAACCGGCCCCUCCGCGACCUGCUUUGGAAGGCGCCUGAGCUCCUGAGGGACGAGAGCCUGAUGGCGAAGGGCACGCAGGCGGCGGACGUGUUCUCGCUGGCCAUCAUCAUGCAGGAGGUGGUGGUGCGGGGGGCGCCUUAUUGCAUGGUGCAGCUCACCACGCAAGAGAUCAUCGCCCGCCUCAAGAAGCCUCCCCCGAUGAUCCGGCCGUCGGUGUCGAAGGGUGCGGCGCCCCCCGACGCCAUCAACGUCAUGAAGCAGUGUUGGGCGGAGCAGCCGGAGAUGAGGCCAGACUUCAACCAGAUCAACGACCUCUUCAAAAAGCUGAACCAGGGCAGGCGGCAGAACAUCGUGGACACAAUGUUCCAAAUGCUGGAGAAGUACUCGAGCAACCUGGAGGAGCUGAUUAAGGACCGCACGGAGCAGCUGGACCUGGAGAAGAAGAAGACGGAACAGCUGCUGAACCGUAUGCUGCCCAGCUCCGUGGCCGACCAGUUGAAGCUCGGGAUGCCUGUCGCCCCGGAGGAGUUCGAGGAGGUGACGAUCUACUUCUCGGAUAUCGUGGGCUUUACCAGCAUCUCGGCCUACUCCACGCCCUUCGAAGUGGUGGACCUCCUCAACGACCUCUACACCGCCUUCGACGCCACCAUCAACCACUACAACGUGUACAAGGUCGAGACGAUAGGCGACGCGUACAUGGUGGUGGGCGGGGCGCCGAAGAAGAUAGACGACCACGCCUCGCAGAUUGCCACCAUGGCCCUGGACCUCCUGCACCUCUCCGGGAAGUUCAGGAUCCGACACCUGCACAACAUUCCCUUGAUGGUCCGCAUUGGCAUCCACACAGGGCCGUGUUGUGCCGGGGUCGUCGGGAUGACCAUGCCCAGGUACUGCCUCUUCGGGGACACUGUGAAUACGGCCUCGAGAAUGGAGUCGACAGGUUCGGCUUGGCGCAUUCACGUCAGCGAGAAGACUUGGUCGGUCCUUCGAGAUGUCGGAGGCUACCAGCUGGAGUACCGCGGCCUGACCAAGCUGAAGGGCAAGGGGGAGAUGCCCACCUACUGGCUGCUGGGCAAGGAGGGCUUCAAGAAGGAGCUCCCGGUGCCGCCUGAGAUUGGGCUGGACGAGGAGCUGGUCCGCCAGGGCCGCCAGCACUACAUGAACCGGCGGGACUCGGCCGUGGAGUCCCUGACCACGGCCCGCGGCUUCAGCUCCAUCCAGACGGCGCGCAUGCAGAACUACGACGGCCCCGAGGAGGCGGCGGCGGACAGCGGCUCCCCCACGAGCACCUCCCAGGGCCCCGGCAGCAGCACCCAGGAGGCGGGGGCGGGGCCGUGUGGGGACGCGGGCGCGGGGACGUUGAAGGACCAGGUGGAGGGGGCGGCGGCCACCACCAGUGCGGGGCUGCCCAACGGACGGGCGUUGGGCGGGGGGGCGGGAGCCGGCGUGGGGGGCGGGGUGGAGCCGCCCAGGAGUAACAAAGGCAAAUCUUCCUCAAGUACAAAAUCUGCAUCAAAAAGUAGCUAUAAGAACAGGGGCAUGGGCGCCGUGGGGUCGGGGCAGUCCUGCGGCAUGGGCGUGCCGGCGCGGAGACUCUCGCGGGACGCCUGUGACAAGUUCCUGCCGGCGAAAACCUCGUCAGGCGCGGCGCUGCUGGAGAACCACGUGGGCCACGGCGUGAACGGCGGCGGCGGCGGCGGCGACGGCGGCGGCAGCAGCGGCUGGAGCGACGGCUGCGGAGGCGGCGACGGGGUGGAGGCGCAGCGGAGCACCGGCCAGCGUGGCCACGGUGUGCAGGAGGCAGGGGGGCCCGGCUCCCCCCGCUGCCCCACCCUCGCCAGGAGAUACCCGCCGCAGGAGGAGGCGGCGGAGGCGGAGCCGCGGAUAGCCAACCACGGGCGGGAGUCGCGGCGGGAGGUCCCGCGCCCCGCCUCACCCCCCAUGGUGUGCCACAACAAGAUUCUCCCCCAGCACGCGGGUGGCACCUCGCCCGUGAGGGAGGGCCAGGGUCAGGCCGCCUCCUUGAGCCAUAACCCCUACCCCUCCUUCCUGCCCCCGCCCACGGAGGUGCCGGGCAGGGCCAAGCGGAAGGCCGCCUCCGCACUGGAGUGUAAGGUGCAUCCCUUCCUGCAGGACCCGCCGCCCUCACCCACCGAGUCCACCAUGUUGUGACCCUGGCCAGCCCGAGGCUCUCACCCCCCACCACCCACUCCCCGACACCCCCAAACAACCCCACCCUCCCCAAACACCUCCAAAGACACCUUCCCACCCACCGCACCCCCACCCUCGUCAGCAGUCUUCGUGGCAGGAGCGCCGCGCCUCGCCGCGCUCCGCCUCACACUUCAGGUGCCCUCGACGCUCCCUCUGGAUCAGUCAGUCGCGAGAAACACAGUUCUUCCCUCCAGCCCGCUUACUGGAGUCAUCGCCUUCCUUCCUUGCCCUUCCAGUUCUGUUGCUCGAUACUUUCCCUCAGUUCUUGGAGUUCUCCUUUUCCGUUGUUUGCAUUCCUUCAUCCCCUGCAAGUCAUCAUCAGGAUCACCUCCUCGUUCAAGCAUGGCAUUUGUUUCUUUCCUUCCGUCACUUCGCGCGUAGGUUUCUAAUGACUCAGGACAACUUGUGUGAGUGUGUGUUGCGUGACUCGGGCGUUCCGCUAACAACACUUGCCUGGAGUUAAAAAGCAAACUCUUGGAAAGACGCAGACGUAUGCUAGACUAUGAAGCAAUUUUUAAGGAGAGGUGGCACCGUUGAAAAGGCGAAAAAAUAAAGAAGAAAAGGAAAUAGACGAAGAAGAAAGCGUAGGAGGAGGAGGAGGAGAAAUCUUCUUUAAACACGCACAAUAGAAUGUAACAGCGGCAGACAGACUUGAUAAACAUUUCCUUACAACCACAACCACUACAAAAGCCACACAUAUCACUUCUUCCACCACUACGACCACCACCACCACCACCACUUGUCUCCGGCCCGUCAGAGUGCUUCCUUUCCCCUCCCUGAUACGGGCUGCCCCCCUCCUUUCCCCUCUCUAACACGUGGCAGUGGUUGGACAAGAAGGAAGGAAGGACGAGAAGAGAGCCACCAUGUCACCAGCGAGCUCAUGGUCAAGUGGAUUUUAUUUAAAUUUUUGAUCCGCUAUUGUAUCGUCAUCACCGUCUUGUUGUUGUUGUUGUUUUUUAUGGUGUUUCUUUGCAGUAUUCACAUCUCAGCGUUGAUAUACUCUCUUCCUACAACCUUAUCUUUAUCAUCCUCUGUUGUUGUUGUUUUUUCAUUUAUUUCUUUGUUGCAUUCAUGUUUCAUCGUUGAUAUUCUAUUUCUGCAACCUUAUCUUUAUCAUCCUCUGUUGUUGUUUUUUUUCAUUAAUUUCUUUGUUGCAUUCAUGUUUCAUCGUUGAUAUUCUAUUUCUGCAACCUUAUCUUUAUCAUCCUCUGUUUUUGUUCUUUUCAUUUAUUUCUUUGUCGCAUUCAUGUUUCAUCGUUGAUAUUCUGUUUCUGCAACCUUAUCUUUAUCAUCCUCUGUUUUUGUUCUUUUCAUUUAUUUCUUUGUCGCAUUCAUAUUUCAUCGUUGAUAUUCUAUUUCUGCAACCGUAUUUUUUUUUUUUUUUGUUAUCCUCUGAAGAAAAUUGUUUUUUUUUUUUACUAAUUUCUUUACAAUAUUCCUAUCUCAUCAUUGAUAUUCGCACUUUUUUGCCAUCCUCUUCUGGAAUGUUGUUUUUCUAUAUUUCUUUGUCGCAGUCACAUCUCAUCGUCGGUAUUCUCUUUCUUCAACCGUAUUUUCGUCAUCCUCUGAAGAAAUGUUUUAUUCUUUAUUUCCUGCAAUAUUUCUACCGUAUCAUCUCUUCCAAAUGAGCAAAAAAAGCAAAAAAAAAAAAAAAAAAGACUGACUGGAACUGAAACUCUUCCUGCCCCCUUUCAGUAUUUUAAAAGUCUUGUCUGUGCUGUACAGCAAAUAUUUUUAUAGUACUAACUCGUGUUCUCCUAAAACUUCCCCUGAAAGAAGGACUUUUAUAUGCAACUCGCCCUGUCGCAUCCUUGAAGAGUCAUCACGUUGCACCAUCUCAGAGCAGCAUCCCUACGUAGUCAUCUCAUCCUUUUUAUUACCACGUUUUCUAAUUCAUCCAUCUGUGAUUUCGAUCUCUCCCACGUGCAGGAUGUUAGCGCUCAUAGGCUGUGUGUGGGAUGCAGGGUGCUGCUUUGACUGAGGCUGACUGUCUGCGCCUAACCACCGCAUGAUGCUCGUGUCAAAACUCGGAGCCAUAUCAUAAUUAACCUCGCCCUUUUUUUUUCUUUUUUUUUUUUACAGCAAAGGAGACAGUUCAAGGGCGUAAAGAAAAAUAUAAAAAAAAGCCCGCUACUUACUGUUCCUGAAUAGAGGUCAAAGGAGUGGCCAAAGGUUCACACUCGCAGAUUUGACCUUUAGAAAAUUCAUCAAAGAAAUCCGAUUUUUAGCACGAGUACUUACGGUAACUAACUAAUUAACAAACUAACUAAUCUAACUCGAGUCGCCCGCCAGUCAUCUUGUGCUCUUAAACCCCGCCCUCUUUCCUGAGUAGUCACUGAUUGGCUGUUUAAUUCUUCUUUUCUUGUCAGUGAUAGUAAAAAAAAUCUGAGUAAACAUUAGGGUUGAAGUCGACGGUAAGAUUAGUGACCAGCGCUAUCCCGGGUAAGAGAAGAGGGUGAGGUUUAGAGGACAAGCUGGGUCGCGGAGACUGUAAAUAACUGACAGCAUCUGCUCCUCCGUAUAUCAUUCUUUACGUUCGUCAAAAGCGUUUGUAUCUAUAAGGAUCUACGUGAUCAUUGUACCGAAUCAUGGACAGUGUGUUUGUUCGUGAGUGUGUUUUAGAAAGUGAAGGCGAUAGUGAAAGGAGAUGGACAGAGACACAGAAUGAAUACUGAGUGGUUGGUCUGUGUCUCAGGUCAACGGGAAAUAGAGAUUAUAGAUGAAGAAGGUAUAGAGCAAGAUCGUCUGUAUCUUAAGAUAGAUAUAGAUCAAAGUUGGUGGUGGGGAAAGAGAUGGCAAGGGGUACAGAAUGGUAUGUGGUCUGUGCCUGAAGGAAAAAUGAAAAUCAAAGAUAAAACAAGUCGAAAAAAAUGGUCAAAGGCACAGAACGUUAUGUUGGAUUGUCUGUGCGUCGAGACGAAAGCGAGCCAGAGCUAAAAGAGUUAGAAAAAAAGUUGGUCAGAGGUACAGAACGUAAGAUGACCUGUGCCUCAAUACAAAUAAAAAGAUAAACGAGGUUGAAAAGAGUUAGUCAAAUGCACGAAAUGUUAUUUAGUUGGUUUAUGUCGGAAAGCGUAGGCAGAUCAAAGUUACAUCGCCAUCACGGAGUUAGGACAGAAGUAAACCCUAUUCACGUUAACUUGACAAAUAAGCCCCGCCCGCUCUAGCCCAGCAUAUACCAAUAAGACUCAACCUUUCCCAGUAUCCACCAAUCCCACGCAGCCUGAGUUAGAGAGGGGGCGUGGCUUGCUUGUAGACUGGCCAAUGAUAUACGCUUAAUGGGGAAGUGGGAGGGGCUUGAUUGCCAGGUUAAAAUGAAUACAGUGUAGCCUAUGAAGCGACAGCGGCACAGACCCAAGCAGAGACAGGGAAGGGAAGGAACUGCAAGGAGUGUGUGGUUUCGGAUGGUAAUGGUCUUGCACAAAGUAAUUCUUCCCCCUCUCUCCCUCUCUCUUUCUCUCUCUAUCUCAGUAAUUCAAAUGACAUUCCAACCAAACAGCUCUUCAUCUUACUCUCUGGCCCCACAUAGUGCUGUUCCCAAGAUCUCGGCUGACAGAGGUUCUUUAGCUGUUCUCCAAGUCUGUUCAAAUUGAAGGUGAUUAGUCCCGUAUAUAUCCUAGCCUAAAUUUAUAGCCUCAUCUCCUAACCCUCCUUCUCUCUUAUAUGUGUAUUAGGGAUGGGGGUUUUUCCGUAGAGUUGAACUGCAUAUGAUUGGUUGCUAGAUAGCUGAGAGCGAGAUUAACUGGGCGGGGUUUACUGGAGCGGAGAGGCGGAGCUAAUCCGAGAGUGCAUUUGACUGGUCGCUAGAGAGAAGGAGGCGGAGCUUAUACGCUAGACUAUUUUGAACAGACAACAAAACCGAGCAUACAGGGACGCCAGCGCUCUCAGUGGGUACAAGCUCUCUCUUCCUACCUCUUCCUGUCUUUAUAUCCACGUCUGAGAGGCACUAACUCUCCUUAAAACACUCCAUAUAAAAAAUAAUAAUGUUGGCAGAUUAUAGUUAAAAAUAAAUGUUUUAAAAAAUUCCUGUGGUAAUUUGUCUAGGGUGUGAUAGAUGCUAGGUCCAUGCAGCCAUGCAGACGACAUAUGACACUUGUAGAAUGGUUAAAACAGAACACACUAUCUACCGUAGGACAUAACGUACUACUAAAACUAUUCCUACUCCUCCUACUCCUCCUCCUCCUCUUCCUUCUCCUUCUCCUACUACUACCACUACAACUACUACUAUUAUCCAUGGAGCUUAACUACACACCAUUCCUCCUUUAUUGUGUAGCGGUGCAAUCAAAAAUAGAGUAGAGCGGUAGGCAUGUAUACUAGAUGAUGUGUGUGCGUGUGUUCGUAAAGCCGGGGUCACGGGGACACUUUUUUCCGGCGUCUUCUGGUGUUGGGUCUUCCAGGACGAGCAUCUUGGGGUAGUUCGGUAGCCACUUCGCACCUAAAAAGUCACGUAUUUAAAUGGGUAAAUAGAAUCGUAGGACAAAGGAAAGAGAUGUGGAGUGACGACAUGAUUUACCUUCAGAGAUGCUUGCAUUGGUAGAGAAAUACAAUAAGAUGCCGGAAAAUGUAUAUACUCGUGCCACACCGCCUAAGUAAGUUUGUGUUUUGCUGUGUACUACUGGGGAAAGGGGUUGGGAUAUCAGUACGUGUGUGUGUGUGUGUGUUCUAAGACUGUGUGUAAGGUUUCCGCGAGUCCUCUGUGGUGAACCUGUGAGCCGCUCGCGUUCACGGGGUCGCUCAAUCUUUCGUAACUCGGGCGAGAGGAAAACAGAAGGUCUGCAGAAAACGGGCGGCGAGCGUGAGGCGAGGCAUGUCACGGGGAGACUUUAUUAUUUGUUUUCUUGUCUUGGUCGACUGUAAUGCAAGUGCGAGUGAAAGGCUGGGAAAGGAGACGCUGUUAAUUCUCUUUCUGGUUGAUUAUGUAAGGGAAAUUUGAAGAGAGAGAGAGAGAGAGAGAGAGAGAGAGAGAGAGAGAGAGAGAAAACAGGUGACUUUAGAUAGAAAUGUUGAUUGUAUUCACACCUGCGUCGUCUUACUGAUAUGCAUUGGUAAUAAGACAAGAUGUACAUUUGAUAUUCAUUCUACUUUAUAUGUAUUUUACUUUUAUCAUUGCGUACGUGACAAAAAGGAAAAUGGAAGAGUUAUAUAUUGAUUGAUAGUUUAUUGUUACAAGUAAACAACAAAGGAGAAGGGAGGAACAUGUCAUCCCAACCCCCAGGCAGUACAUAGCGUGAUUAUACAACUAAGGAUACAUGUGGAAGUAGCACCAGGAAACUAAAAAGAUACAAUGGUAGGGGACAAGUGCUAAAAAAAUAAAGGCCUUGAUUUAGCCAGGGGAGUAGACAUAAGGGACUGAACAUAUGAACUACAAUCUAGGGGCAAAAUCAGAUCAUUAACCUCUAUACCAGAAUGUUAAGAAAAUUCGUUACUUGUUUAAAAGAAGGUUUAUAUGAAUUACUUGGCUUUUUUAUGUAGUUUAUGCGAAGUUUAGAGUAAGAACGAUGGAGUUGUGUUUAUAUAAUCAUUAAUGGAGUGAUCGUUAUAGAUAAUCAGUAUUUGGUUCAUGAAAACUCACUUUUUAUAUAGAUGCUGUGAGGAUAAAACUUAAGAUAGAGCUCUGUUUAUAUUAUAUUAAUGGAUUAGUUCGCGAAUUGGCCGAUAUGUAAAUACGUCGCAGUUUUCAUUAUAUAGUUUAUUUAUAUGGCUCUAAAAAGACAUGAAAGCUUUAUUAGAUAGGCAGAUUAUUAAAAGAAGAAGCUGCUCACACGGAGGGAAGCAAAGAUGAGGAGAAAGAGCUGCAUGAUAAGGUAGAUAAAUGGAAGGAGUGAAGUUGACUAAAUGAAAGAUGAAAAAGAAAGGAAGGAGGGCAAAGUGGAAGGAUAAAAGGAGUGAACAGGAGGAAGGAAGAAAAACUGUAUAUGGUAAUAAAGUAAAAAAAAAAAAUGAGGAUAGGAUGGAGAACAAAUAAGGAAGAAGGAAGAAAGAAAGAAAAAAAAAGAAAAAAAGAAUAAGAAAAAGGCAUAUCAGGAAAGUUAGAUUUUUAUGAAGAGAUUUCGUGUGUGUGUGUAUGUGUGUGUGUGUGUGUGUGUGUGUGUGUGUGUGUGUGUGUGUGUGUGUGUGUGUGUGUGUGUGUGUGUGUGUGUGUGUGUACUUCCUUUCAUGUUCCCUCCACACUCUUGUUACUAUUGAUUUUUAAAAGGCCUUAGAUCACCACCGCGUUCGGGAAAAUUCAAACUGAGCAAAGAAAAGGAAAGGAAAGGAAAAUAAGAAGAAAAUGAAUAACGUUGUGAAUAAUUAUGUGUGUAGACGUUUGUUUGUUUAUUAUUAUUGUUAUUAUUAUUAUUAUCAUUAGCUUUAACACUGUUCGAUAUAUACUUUUUUUUUUUUUUUUUCGUCAACUUUGGUUCGGAUUAUCCUUAGCAUGAGAAUCAAAACCCAUGAAGAGAGGAUCGAGAGGAGUGAAUCUCCUUAGGGACAAUUAAUAUAGUACGGCAAAUGUGUUUAUUAUUAUUAUUAUUAUUUUUAUUAUUAUUAUCAUCAUUAUUAUUAUCAUUAUUAUUAUUAUUAUUAUUAUUAUUAUUAUUAUUAUUAUUAUUAUUACUAUUAUUAUAUGAACAUCAGGUAGCGGUGGCUCAGUUCAUCCCCGUCGUAACUUCCCUUCCUGACGAGACCACAAGAAGGCGGCGUUUUAUCUCCUGUCUUCCCCCGCUGGCCUUGCCCUCCUCCCGCCCUUCCCUCGCGUUCACCAACAGGAAACCAUUCGCCUUGCGCUCGCCCUUCAAAUAUCCAAUUAAAACGCGGCAGGAGCUCUAGACGGACGCUUCUGGUUUGCUGGCUUUACAUAUAGUACGUUCUAGCGAUUCUGACAAAGCUAACACUCACAACAUGACAACAGUUUCGUCGUUUCGUUAUAACACAUUUUACUUAACACUUUUUUUUCGUUCAUGUAUGGAAAAAAUGCAAGCUAACCGGUUUUUGGUGUCACGAUAAACAGGUUAGAAGUAAAGGAAGGAAGGUGUUGCCAUAGGGUGAGCACUGGUUUCGUCAGAGUCGCUGGAAUGGUUGUUUAUUUGUUUCUUUCUUUCUUUUUACAUGUAGUGACGCGAGAUCUUAGGCGAACGCGGUUUCUUCCUCUCUCUGGUGAGCGCCGGGGCUGUUAUGAUUGUCUUCUGCCUGUGUCUCUCACGUAAUCAACAAGUCUGUGAUCCAAACACAAUAAUAUUUUCUUAAGAGCUACUAUUAUAUUAUGAUGAAGAUGCUGUGUGUUAAUAAAUGAGAGGUGUAUCAAAACGUCGA